UGCGAUCUUGUGAUCUAAUCAGCUGCAUAAAUUCCGAACCAAAAUAAUGCACGAUCCCAGCGAUUAUGAUUCAGUGUACAGCGAAGAGGAUUUUCUGGACACCGUUCGCGGAGCUGAAACUCCUCCGUUGAUGAACUAUGAGGAAUUCCGCGUGAAGACGAUGGAUGAACGACAGCACAUACAGAAGAAAACCUUCACGAAAUGGAUCAAUUCACAUCUCAUCGAUACCCAGUGCACGCCAGUGAAGGACCUGUUUCUGGACCUGCGGGACGGACACCGCUUGCUGGCCCUGCUCAGCACCCUGACACAAACACAGCUGAAACCCGAAAAGGGUCGCAUGCGAGUGCACCACAUCAACAACUUGAACAAGGUGAUCCACGUGAUCCAGCAGCAUGGCGUUAAGCUGGUGAACAUCUCUAGCGACGACAUAGUGGGCGGCAAUGCCAAGCUGACCCUGGGCCUCAUCUGGUUGAUAGCGCUGGAGUUCAAUGGCCAACAUCUAGUCAAGAGUCAUUCGAGCAACGGAGUGGAAAAGUCCCUAUUGGCCUGGGCUCGGCAAUACACGGAGCCCCAUGGCUUGCCGCUCGGCGAUUUCUCCAGUUCCUGGGCCGAUGGACGGGCCUUCCUCAUGAUCCUGGAUGCGCAUGUGGGGGAACUGAAUCUGCAGGCGGCUCUGCAACAGCACGCCCUGCAGCGUCUCCACCUGGGAUUCGAUUUGGCGCACCGGCACUUUAAGAUCGAAAAGUUGCUAGAUCCCGAAGAUGUUCACACACACAAGCCGGAUAACAAGUCGAUCCAGAUGUACGUGAUGUGUUUGUACCACGCUAUGGAAUCGAUGAGGACCCGAGAGCAGGAUCAGGACCAGGAGCAGGAUCAAGAUCCGGGAAGAGUGCCUUGCACAAGCAUCACGGACUUGGAUGAGGUGCCACUGGACAAUGAUCGCGCCAGCUUGGGGAUUUACACCUCUGAUAGUGCUGGCAGCAUGGACCAGAGAUCUUCGGAGGAACUGAAGGGCUCCGCCAUGCGACCUUUGAGCACUGCUACCAAUGCUAGUGUGGAGAUCAGCGGCUACCAGACAGCUCUGGAGGCGGUACUCACCAUGCUUCUGGAGGAUGAGCAGCUGCUCUCGCAGGAUCUACCCGAUCCGCAAGACUUCCAGACAGCCAAGCUGCAGUUCCACGAAAACGAAAGCUUCAUGCUUAAAUUGACGGAACACCAGGAGUACGUCGGCGAAGCUCUCGAGGAGGGAAGCAACCUUAUCAACGAGUCCCAGAAGGCGGGAGCCGGUCUCAGUCAGGAGGAUCAGAAUGAGGUGAGGCAGCAGAUGGUGUUGCUCAACGAACGCUGGGAGACCCUAAGAUUGCGAGCUCUGGACGUCCAGGCGAAGAUCCUAAUGCGGCUGGCCGAGUUCCAGAAACAGAAGCUCGAGCAGCUGCGCCAGUUCCUUACCAGCGUAGAGGACCGUAUUUCCCACAUGAGCGAUAUAGGACCCACCCUGGGGGAGGCGGAAAAGCAACUCCUAGAGGCCCGCCAGCUGAAGUCAGACCUGAGCGAGCAACAGGAACUGGUGGACAGUCUCAGCAGCAUGGUGGUCAUUGUGAACGAUACUUCCGGUAACUUUAAUGAUCUUGAAGAUCGGUUGAGUGCCCUGGGAGAACGGUGGUCGCACGUAGUCAAGUGGAGCGAUCUCCGAACGGAGAAACUGCAGCAGUAUAAGUGCAUAUCGCGGUGGCUGGAUGCUCGGGAGCAGGAUCUUAAGCUGAUGGAGAGCCGGGAUGUGACCGACGUGGGCGGCAUAACGCAACGCAUCAAUGAACUGAACUACUGUGCCAAGGAUCUGCUGGAGCUCCAGAGAUACCUCAUAGAUCUGCGACAAAUGGUGGCUGCUACCCUGCAAGAUGGCGACGACAAGGGGGAGCGGGUUCUGGUCCAGCUGGAAAGCUACGAAGAUCGCCUGGAUGCCUUAAAGCAAAUUGUCGAGGUGCAAACCGUGCGAAUCGAGACAAAAGGCUUUAACUUCGGACGCGAUCGAGCCAGCUACGACGAUAGUCGGGUAGUGCGUCCGGAGGGAUGGCUGGACUAUCAAAUGAUCAUUAGGUUCGGUGAUGAGGAAGCUGAAGAGGAGGAGGAACACGAUUUGGCCAGCAAAAAACGUAAGCUACGGAAUGCCGACAACUUCUACGCGCUAGAAACUCAGAUCGUGGAGCAUUUUGCCCACGUCCAGGAGGUGGAGCAAAAGCUGCAGCAAUUGCAGAGGCAAAGUCUCCGGCAGCAGGUCGAUGUGCUCAAGGAACUGCAGGCGGAAACAAGCCGACGCAGUGGUACUCUGCCGGAACUAAAAAAGCUCUACGAGGUGUGCGAACUGGAAGAUCCUUCGAGGAACCUCCUGCUGGAGGAAACCAAUAUCAAGCAGCUGGAGCAACGAUACUCAGCUCUGGCUCAAAAACUAAGCAGUCAACAGAGUGAGAGCAACACGCUCUUGGCCAAGGAAAAGUAUUACAAUAGCCUCACAGGAUUCAAGUUAGUCCUGGCCGACUCCAGGGAUUGGUACAAGCAGCACGCUGGCUCAGCCAGUGGCAAGGAACUGGAGCAGCGUCUCAGCCACAUGGAAUCUCUGGCAUCGGAGAUUUCGGAGGCCAAGACGGCCACCGAGGAAUUGGACGACCAAUUGCUGGAAUGGAAGCAGGACUUUGGCCUGUUCUACGACAGUUGGCACGACAUGAAGCACGCUCUGCAGGCUUUGAUCCAACAAAGGGGUGGAGAAAGCCUCUCCAGGCAGUUGAAGCAAGUGCAAGACUUUGUGGCCAAGGUGUCCAACCAAAAGGUUCGAGUUUCCAGUCUGGAAGUAAUGCAGAAACAACAGUAUUUGCUGAAUCAAUUGCUGGACGAACUAGAGUCCCUCCGUCCUACCUAUGAUCACUUGCCCCGGCACCUGCUCAGCGAGGAACUGCAGGCCACCUGGCAGAGACUUCCGGAGCAGCUAAACGAGCGUGUGAUCAAGCAGACUACGGCUAUUGAGAAUUUAAACCACUUUACAGCGGAAUACAAUGCCAUUAUAGCCAUACUGCGAACUGCUUCGGACAAGAAGUCGGACGGAAGUGAAGGUACUGGAAGCCAGGACCUCCGCAAGCUGGAGAUCGAUGUAAUCAGCGCUAGGAACUUUAGUGAAAUUUUGAUCAAAGAUGCGGAACCUGGCCAGAAGGAAUCCCUGCAAUCGCAGAUAAGAGCUCUGAAUGCUCUUUACGACCAAGUGGAGCAGCUGCAUCGUGAGAAGAAGCAACAGCAGUCGGCCCUUCAAUCCCAGAUCGAGCUCAUCCAGCAGCGACUGAAGCAAACGGAUCACUGGCUUACUGAGCUGGAGACCAAUACACCCAAGUCUGGGAUAAGCGAUAUAGGCAACUCCAACGAGCUCUUCCAGAGCAAGAGUCGCUUCCAGACACUCAAAGAAACCUGCGAACGGGAGACAGUCCAGUUCAGGGAGCUCAACGAGCUGGGCGGCGAAUUGCUACUCCAAAUGGACGAGCUGCAGGACAAGGACAAGGAAUCCAGGUACGGAUCGCUGGCCAAGCAGUUUACCCGCCUUAACGCCCGUUGGACGGAGGUCACCGAGCGGGUCUAUGCCAAGACCGCUCUGCUCGAGCAUAUAUCCACGCAACUGGGCGAGUUCAAGAAGUUCAUGGUGAGCGAGACGGGUUACCUGGACAGGUUGGAGAACAAGAUACGCAACACUCCCGAGAAUGCAGCGGACGCGGAGGAGAUUAUGGAGGAACUUGAUGAUCUGGAGAAUGUCCUGCGCUCGCACUCUGAGGAAUGGCUGGAGAAGAUUCAGGAAAUUGGCGCUGAGCUAAUUGACAACGAAUUCAUGGCCGACUCCAUGCGCGGGGAUAUCGAUGGCAUUGUGCAACGGUGGACGCAGCUCCAGCAGCAGGCCAAAAAACGCACCGAGCUUCUAGAAGAGAAGGUCAGCGAGGCGGAACAGUCAGAGAAAUGCAUUGUGCAAUUCGAGGCGUGGCUGACCCGGGUGGAUGAGAUUCUCAGCGAUCAUCUGGAAAACGAUGUGACUAUUGAGGAUCUGCCAGAGGAUUUUCAGCGCUUGGCUCGUGAAUUUGUGGCCAAUGAGCAAAACUUCAAGGAAAUUCCUGAACUUAUUGCCGAGCACACGAGGAAUGGCAAGAUCGGAGCCGCCAAUCGGCUCCAGGAGCAGCUCAAUCUGAUGGAGCUCAGGUUCAAGGCCUGCCAGGCCAAGCUCAGCAAGUGCACCGCCCCCCAGCCUGCCUACGAAUCCCGAUUAAAUCGGGCCUAUGGUGAUCUACGGAAUGUGGAGCGAUCCACCUUAGUUCUGGAUGUGGCUUCUGCCGGACCCAGCACAGUGCAGGCGCAGUAUCAAAAGUGCUUGCAAAUUUACCGCACUUUGUCGGAGAUCAAGGCGGAGAUCGAAAGCACGAUCAAGACAGGACGAAGGGUGUGUGAGGACAGGUACACCAAGUCCCCCAAGCAGCUGAGCCAGCGGAUCGAUGCAUUGAAGCACCUGUACAAUGCACUCGGCGAGAAUGUGACCCAGUCGAAGGCCUUCCUCGAAAGCUUGCUCACUUUGGCCAGGCAGCUAGAGGAGUGCUUCGAUUUGGCGGACACACUCAUCCGUCGCUUUGAGUCGCCGCAGGAGGUGCACGACCGCAACUCCAUACUGCUGGAGUUCGAGGAUGUGCUGCGAAGGUGCGAAGCGCAAUACAACGAGUAUAGCAAGUCCUGUGACCAGAGCUGCAUGGUUGACACCCGCCAGCGGAUCGACGGAUUGAAGGCUGUUUACCACAAGCUGACCAGUGCUGACAUCAUCAAGCGGCUGCGGGAGAUGAAGGCCACCCUGCAAAAUCUGGACAACAUUUCCCUGGAGACCUUAAAAGCAAUGGAGCAUGACCUGAAGGAGAUAAAUGUGCCUUCGAAUCCGGAAAUUGAGAAACUGCAGCAGCAAGUAAUUGCAAUUGUCGUGGAUGCGCUAAAGACGCGUUUCAAUGAAGCCACAACGCUGGCUCCACAAAAGUCUCCAGUCGCGGAUGAUGACACGGAAAUAGUGGUGGUCAGCGAUACGGUGCGACAGCGACGAGCGCGAACUCCGCAGUCAGGGGAAUCCCCCUCAUCGACCAACACCAGCGCCUCACAGUCGCCAACGAAAGCCGUAGAAGCGGCCACGAGUGGCGACCAAGUCUUGCCCGAUGUCCUGCCCCCGCAAACAUUCCGCUUGGCCGAGUCCAGUACAUUGUUCUCCCAGAUCUCCCUGAAUCCCGACAAAGUCUCCAAAACUCCACCCCCCAAACCGGCGAAAACCAAACGAAAGGCUCCGACCUCGCCCGCCCAAGUUGUGGAGAUUAAGGUGAAGAACAUCCAGAACGACAAGAUGUCAGUGCAAAAUAUCGCCCUGGAACCUCAGCAGGGUGAGAUCGUGGACACCGUCAAUAUACUGGAGAGUGUGGAGCCCUUUGUCCCCGAGUAUGUGGAGACCGUGCAGAUUGUGGAUCUAUCCGAGGACUCUGACUCAUCGGCUCGAGUAGAUAGCGAUGGCAAGGAGGUGCGACGCUCGAAGAGCAAGCAUUCCCUCAACGACUCUCCGCUGCCAAGGGUUUCGGAUAAUGACGAAGAGGAGGAGAAGGGCCUGCUCCGUCCGGAAGCGGGCAAUACAAGCACCCCCUUCCUGCGAGUCGAGAAGCAUCGCAUCUCCUUUGACGAGAAGCGCAAGCGAAUAGCCAACGAACGAGAUAUCCUGCGUGAUUCCGAGGAGGAGGAACCCAAAACGCCAGAUACUCCCAGGACGCCGCAGGUCUCGGUCUCUAAGCCGAAGCGCUGGCGCCAACUACAGCCAGAAUUGGAUGCCUUGGAGCCGGAGUCACCCGGUCGCGAUAGUUUCUAUAGUCCCGACAAAGAGUCCGGUUUCGAUGUUGAGCCCCUCGUGUUUUCCGACGAUGAGGAUAUACCGCGUUUCUCGCUGGAAAUGACACCAACAAUUGACUCCGAUAGUGAUACGAGUCGAAUUGAGACGAAGCCCAACUCGUUCUUGAGCAAGGUCCUUGACUCGAUGCCAUCGCCAGCGGAUGACUCGAAUGUCACCCUGAAGAGUCCCCUCAGUGAGCUGGAGCCGCACACCCUGGACGAUCGGGUCCGGGAGUUCGAUAAGCAGGCCAAGCAGAUGAUAUACAAGCUGAAGCUAACCAAGGCCAAGAUCGAACAGUGCCACGAGAGCGAGGCGGAUGAUCUCCGCCUGCUGAUUGCUCCGGAUGCAGCCACCUUGAUAUCCCAAGGGGACUCUCUGGUACUGGAGACCCAUGGCAAACAGGGAAGCAUAUCCCGACUGGUGAUGCGCACACAAAUUAUUCUGCGGGAACAGUUCCGCGAAGUGCAGCAAGCGAGAUCCAAGACCUCGGGAAGCGGAGCUCCAGCUCCCCCAUUGGACAGUGUCAACAUCGAGGAACUCGUCACAAAGGGACUGCGUCGCAUUAAUGUCCUGAUAGAAAAGCCCGUUGAUCUAAAGUCCAGUGGUGAUCUCGAGAAGCGCAUGGAGGAUAUCAACGAGCGCCACGACGAUUUACAGGUAAUUGUCGGCGCCAUCGGCAAGAACGACCAGAUGCCGAAGGUCACGCCCCUCAUGAUGAACGAAAUUGAAAAGACCAAAAACAAUUUGAUGGCUCAUGCGGAUUCAAUUGAGCUCUCGCUCACGGAACUGAGGAAUGGCCCCCGAAUUUCGAAUGGCAAGGAGCGAGGUGGAGGAGGAGGAGAUGCAGCCACCAGGAGUGCCACCAUCAGCUGUCGGUCGGAGUACAAUAACGAACCGAGCGGGACUGGAGCGUUGGCCGGCAGCUUCGACAAGUCGGUGCUGCAAAUUUCCGACUGGCUGACUUGGGAACAAAACAUGAUCAAGAUACAGAGCGUCCUCAUCGACGACGUCGAUGCGGUGCGCCUGGCCAUCGAGAAGCAGGAGAAAGUUCUGCGUGAGCUGAAAAUGAAAAAGCCGCAGCUCAACGAACUGGUUCACACCGCGGAAGUGCUCAAAGGCGACAUCAAGCGUCAGCAGUUGCAGGAGAAAGAGCUGAAUCAGUUUUCGCUAGCACCGCACUGUUCAGCGGACUUAGAUUAUAUGCGUUGCUGUCUGAAAGUCACCCGCUUGCGUGAGCAUUGGGACGAGACCUCGCAGUGUGUCCUGCAGCGAGCUGCCCAACUGAAGAACAUGCUGAGCGACUCACAGCGGUUCGAGGCCAAGCGUCUGGAGCUCGAGAAGUGGCUGGCCCGGAUGGAGCAGAGAGCAGAGCGUAUGGGAACCAUUGCCACCACAGCCGACAUCCUAGAGGCGCAGCAAAAGGAGCAGAAAUCCUUCCAUGCGGAACUGCACCAGAAUAAACAACACUUUGACAUCUUCAAUGAGCUGACACAGAAACUGAUUGCAGUGUAUCCGAAUGAUGAUACCACCAGGAUCAAGAAGAUGACGGAGGUCAUUAAUCAGCGCUAUGCCAAUUUAAACAAUGGAGUCGUCAAUCGUGGGAAGCAAUUGCAUGCAGCUGUCCAUAGCCUACAGUCGUUCGAUCGGGCAAUGGAUCAGUUCCUUGCAUUUCUCUCGGAGACGGAAACACUUUGUGAAAACGCCGAGUCGGAAAUUGAUCGCAAUCCAUUGAUGUUCAAGGACCUACAAUCGGAAAUUGAAACCCAUCGCGUGGUUUACGAUCGUCUCGAUGGCACAGGCCGCAAACUUUUGGGUUCGCUCACCUCGCAAGAGGAUGCGGUUAUGCUGCAGCGUCGCCUCGAUGAAAUGAAUCAACGUUGGAAUAAUUUAAAAUCGAAAAGUAUUGCAAUCAGGAAUCGCCUAGAGUCCAAUUCGGAGCACUGGAACGCCUUGCUGCUGUCGCUCCGCGAACUGACCGAAUGGGUUAUCCGUAAGGACACUGAACUGAGCACCUUGGGCCUGGGUCCUGUGCGAGGAGAUGCUGCCAGUUUGCAAAAGCAGUUGGACGAUCAUAAAGCCUUUCGCCGCCAAUUGGAGGAUAAGCGGCCAAUUGUCGAGAGCAAUUUAACGAGCGGUCGUCAGUACAUCGCCAACGAAGCCGCCGUCUCGGAUACUAGCGAUACGGAGGCCAACCAUGACUCCGAGUCGCGUUACAUGUCCGCCGAGGAGCAGAGCCGGGAGCUAACACGCAGCAUCCGGCGGGAGGUGGGAAAACUUUCCGAGCAGUGGAACAAUCUAAUCGAUAGAUCUGACAAUUGGAAGCAUCGCCUGGAUGAGUACAUGACGAAAAUGCGUCAAUUCCAGAAGAUCCUGGAGGAUCUGAGCUCCCGCGUUGCCUCCGCCGAUCAGACAAAGGCUUCCUGGCAGCCACCCUUCUCCGUGGGCGAGGCCAACGAGCAGAUGCAGCAGCUGCAGAGACUGCGAGACAAGAUGACCACGGCCAGUGCCCUCCUGGAUGACUGCAACGAGCAGCAGUCCUUCUUCACCGCCAACCAGGUGCUGGUUCCCACGCCCUGCCUCUCCAAGCUAGAGGAUUUGAACACUCGCAUGAAACUACUGCAAAUCGCGAUGGACGAGCGCCAGAAGGUCCUGUGCCAUGCCGGAGCCCAGCAAACGCACGAGAAUGGCGACGACGGACGCACCACGUCGAAUAGCGGCACCAUCGGACCGCUGCCCAAUCUCGGCCAGAGCGUGAAGCCGCCCUGGGAAAGGGCCACAACCGCCGCCAAUGUGCCUUACUACAUCGACCACGAACGCGAGACCACACACUGGGACCAUCCGGAGAUGAUAGAGCUGAUGAAGGGCCUGGCGGAUCUCAAUGAGAUUCGUUUCUCCGCCUAUAGGACGGCCAUGAAACUGCGCUCCGUUCAAAAGCGAUUGGCUCUCGACAGGAUCACCAUGGCCACCGCUUGCGAAUCCUUCGACCGACACGGCCUGCGUGCCCAGAACGACAAGCUGAUCGACAUUCCCGAUAUGACCACCGUGCUGCAUUCGCUCUACGUGACAAUCGAUAAAAUUGAUUUGACGCUGAUGCUGGACCUGGCCAUCAACUGGAUCCUUAACGUCUACGACUCGCAGCGCACCGGCCAGAUCCGUGUGCUGAGCUUCAAGGUGGGACUGGUCCUGCUCUGCAAGGGUCACCUAGAGGAGAAGUACCGCUACCUCUUCCGCCUGGUGGCGGACACCGAACGCCGAGCGGAUCAGAGACGCCUUGGACUGCUGCUACAUGAUUGCAUUCAGGUUCCCCGCCAACUCGGCGAAGUGGCCGCCUUUGGGGGCUCCAACAUCGAGCCCUCGGUGCGAUCCUGCCUUGAGCAGGCCGGCAUCUCCCAGGAGGCCAUCGACGGCAACCAGGAGAUCUCCAUCGAGCUGCAGCACUUCCUGGGCUGGCUGCAGCACGAGCCUCAGAGCUUGGUGUGGCUGCCGGUGCUCCACCGCCUGGCAGCGGCGGAGGCGGCCAAGCAUCAGGCCAAGUGCAACAUCUGCAAGGAGUACCCCAUCGUGGGCUUCCGCUACAGAUGCCUCAAGUGCUUCAACUUCGACAUGUGCCAAAAGUGUUUCUUCUUCGGCCGCAACGCCAAGAACCACAAGCUCACGCAUCCCAUGCACGAGUACUGCACCACUACCACAUCCACCGAGGACGUUCGUGACUUUACGCGCGCCCUGAAAAACAAAUUCAAGAGUCGCAAAUACUUUAAGAAGCACCCACGUGUCGGCUACCUUCCCGUGCAAAGUGUCCUAGAAGGUGAUGCCUUGGAGAGUCCGGCACCCAGCCCGCAGCACACGACCCACCAGCUGCAGAACGACAUGCACUCGCGCCUCGAGAUGUACGCCUCGCGUCUGGCUCAGGUGGAGUACGGCGGCACGGGCUCCAACUCCACGCCGGACAGCGACGACGAGCACCAGCUGAUCGCUCAGUAUUGCCAGGCCCUGCCCGGCACCAGCAACGGCAGUGCGCCCAAGUCGCCCGUCCAAGUGAUGGCCGCCAUGGACGCGGAGCAGCGCGAGGAACUGGAGGCGAUAAUCCGCGAUCUGGAGGAGGAGAACGCCAACCUGCAGGCAGAGUACCAGCAGCUGUGCACCAAGCAGCAGAGCGUCACGCCCGACGACUCCAACGGCAUGACGCACUCCGGCUCCAGCAUGACGGGUCUCUCUGGCCAGGGCGAGCAGGGACAGGACAUGAUGGCGGAAGCUAAGCUCCUGCGCCAGCACAAAGGACGACUCGAGGCGCGCAUGCAGAUAUUGGAGGACCACAAUCGGCAGCUGGAGGCCCAGCUGCAGCGACUCCGCCAGCUGCUGGACGAGCCCAACGGCGGCGGCAGUAGCGCUACCAGCAGCGGCCUGCCCAGCGCCCCCGGCUCUGCCCUGAACUCCAAGCCCAACACCCUGCAGACCCGCUCGGUGACCGCCUCGCAGUUGAACACGGACUCGCCGGCCAAGAUGAACCAGCAGAAUGGCCAUUACGAGCAUAACUCAAAGGGAAUUAUGCUGCCGGGGAUGGGCGGCGAGCUGCAGCAACAGCAGCUGGCCAGUCUGGCGACCAAGCAUCAUCAGCACCAGCUCAGCGGCGCCCUCAACGCCCUGCAUCAACAGCAGCAGCAGCAGCAACAGCAGCACCAUCCGCAGCAGCCACUGCAGCAUCCGCAGCAACAUCCGCAGCAGAGGAGCCUGCUGACAGGCAAUGGAGCCAUCGACAUGUCCGGCGGCAUGCAGACAGCGGGCGGCUACUUGGGGGAUGACGGGCGCCCGCCCCCACCGCCGCACUCUAGCCUGAUGCAGCACCAGCAGCAGCUCCAGCAGCAGCAACAGCACUUGAACGAGAACGUUAGCGGCCUGGUGACCAUCAUAACCGAGCAGGAAAUGGAGAGCACCAACGACGACCUGGACGAGUCGUCGAGCAGCAACACCACGAACACAACGACAACCACGACCACGGAGAAGACCUGCGUGGAACUGCAUAAGUAGCAGGCUCUCACCUGCAGGAAGAAAACAGUAUGAAACCCCAAAAAAAAUAGCUGCAAAUUGGCGGGCCUGCAUCAAAUUCUAAACAACAAGAAACAUACCCAAACCUAACAUACAGAUAAUGUAAAAUCCAUACAACUAUUGUGGUACAUAUACAUAUAUUUAUACAUAUAGUAUGCAUACGAGGGAGGAGAGUUUUGUGAAGAGCUUGCCGAAAGCUGAGGAAACUUUUUAGUAGUUAUGAAAGAUACAAAUCUAUAUAUAUUAUAUACACCUAUCGAAGUACGGUUAAGUGAGACAUAUUGAAUGCUGGAAGAAAUGCAGAAAUGAUUAAUGAUUAGAUAAGCUGUAACGCCCACACAUAUAUACCCACGAUAUAAUAAUGAAAACACCUAUAUCAUAAUCUAAGCAUUAUCAUAAACUGUUAUAACUCGCACUUAUUCAAAAAACUGACAAAACGAAGAAGGUAAACUUCAAAGAUACAAAACACGAGGCAAGGCGCAGAAGUUUUUUGAAUAGACCCCAUAUCAUUUGGAAGCUUAUACAAUAAGCGACUUCAAUGUAAAUGUCGAGACAUGCAAUCAGUUUUUAUUUGUAUCCUUAUUUAUUCCGAGUUCUUGUGUAUUAUUUCUUAAUAUUAUUUAAUAUUAAUAUCUGUGCUAACUGAAAGUGUGCUGCAAUGUUUUUAAUUAAAGAACCAUUAUUGAAAGUCA